AUGUCCGAAUCACAAAUACGCUCAUUUGACAAUUCUCAAUGGGAGGUCCUGAUGGACUUUCAUGACCGAUACAUUCAGCGUUUUGCGCGACGCAUCCGUCCGCUGCAAGAAUCAACAUUUUACACCGUGGGUUACUGGAAUAUGCGAGCACUCCCCCGAGUCACAACUAGCCUGGCAAGCUUAUGCGAUAUUCUCGGCUCAAUUUUACGCCGGGUGGGUGCUUUGCAGGAGGAGUUUACAACCCUACAGAUUGAAGAACAGGAAGAUGCAGAAACCUUUGAGCAGGUGUGGGGAGAGUGGGACCCAUGA